AUGGAAAAAGAGCCUUUCCUCACCACCUCCCCUCCGCCACUCAAGCGCCAAUCCAGAAAGAAGCAGUUCAGCUGGGACACAGCUCCCGCCCUGCCGCACCUAUCCUACGAAAGCUGCCACGGGGAUUUCCAAUGUGCGCGAUUGGAACUGCCGAUGGACUACUGGAACGGCACGACGAACGACACCAUCGGCCUCGCAGUGAUCCGUCGACCGGCCGCCGUGCCCGUCACGGAUCCUCGCUACGGAGGCGCCGUGCUGCUGAACCCCGGAGGCCCCGGCGGCUCAGGCAUCGGCAUGGCGCUCGGAGCCGGGGGCAAGAUUCAGAAAUUCAUCGACUCGCAGGAUGGCAAGUUCUUUGAUAUCGUCAGCUUUGAUCCCCGUGGGGUGGGGGCGAGUUCGCCGCAGAUGCGGUGUGUGAAGGAUGAUUGCGAGGCGAAGAGUUGGCUUUUGAGGGUGCGGGAGGAGGGGACGCUGGGGAGUUCGGAUGCGAGUAUUGGGAGAUUGUGGUCGAUGAUGGGGGCUUAUGGGUUGAGUUGUUCGAUUUUGCCGGAUGGGAAGGCGGAUGUUAGGCAGUAUAUUACUACGGCGUCGGUGGCGAGGGAUAUGGUUUCGUUGAUUGAGGCGCAUGGGGCUUGGCGGGAGCAGGAGGCUGCGAGGCUGCUGGGGAAGGGGUGUGCUUGUUCGAGGGCGAGGAAGAAUGAUAUGCCUUGUGCUGAGGUUCCGGAGAUGGUGAGAUAUGUCAAGGGCGAAGAGAAGAUUCAGUACUGGGGCUUCUCAUACGGGACGUACCUCGGGUUGACUUAUGCUGCUAUGUUCCCGGACAAGAUUCAUCGCUUGGUGGUUGACGGAGUUGUGGAUGCUUACGACUACCGACAGACUUUAUGGUUCGACAAUCUGGUCGACACUGAGCGAGACAUGGGCCUUCUCUACUAUCACUGCGCCAGAGUCGGCUACCCUACGUGCACCCUGGCGAACGAGACCGGGAAGACGACUGAAGAAGGCGUCAAAGCGAGGUUCGCCAACAUUCUGGAGAGCCUUUACCACAACCCACUGCCAGUCGUCCAGGAAUGUCACCCAGAAGUCAUCUCCUACAGCGACGUCAGAAGUCUCAUAAUGGCCUCGCUCUACUCUCCCGUGCAGGCCUUCCCCUUCGUAGCCAACAUGCUCGCUAGUAUCGAAAAGGGCGAUGCAGUGUGGUUUGCAAACUUCCUGCUGGAUUACUACAAAUUCACUUGCCCUGGAUGCAGCAACACCCCUUCGAUCAGCGAUGCCCUACGCAACAAAACCAGCGAUACCACACAAUUGUCUCCCGAUGCCGGUAUGGGAAUUGCGUGCACCGAUGGCGAAGAUCAGUCAUUCCUCGAUCGUCCACUUUUCGAGGAGCAUAUCAAGAACCUCACCAAGCUUUCACCCACCAUCGGACCUGAAUGGGCGAUGAUUCGUUUGGCGUGUGCACACUAUAAUGUUCGACCUUACCACCGCUUCACGGCGCCUUGGGAGGCUAAGACGAGCCAUCCGGUCCUACUGCUUGGGAAUACUGCGGAUCCGGUUACACCUCUGCGGGCUGCGAAGAAGAUGUCGAAGGGAUUUGAGGACGCUGUUGUCCUGACGCAGGAUUCGCCGGGUCAUUGUACGCUUGCUUCGGUGAGUAAGUGUACAGUGGGAUAUGUGAGGAAGUAUUUCCAGACGGGAGAGCUGCCUCCAGUCAACACAACCUGCAAGGUCGACGAAGUGCCUUUCGGCUCUGGCCCAGACGAAGUUAGCGGCGUCAUGGACGAUGAGACGAGGCAACUGAGCGAGGAUGUUGCCAGCGUCCAGGCAGCAUUAUAUCAGGCGGGUGGUGCCUUCAUGAGACCUAACAAAGGCCUCGAACAUGGCUAA